ACGCAGUGUGGGAGAACAGACUCAUAAACGCAGUGGAUCAUAUGCCGACACAUCACUCCACGUUUUUACACUGAUACACACUAGGAUAUAGUAGGACAAAGCAAUCAUCCGAAAUUCAUCUUAAUUCUGUGUCACCACCUGAACGUCGAUGUGCUGCUGUUCGUACUAUACUUUACAUACAAAAUGAGAAAGAUCCUAAUGAUUUUUGCAGUCAUUUUGCAUUAGAUUAAGUUCUCAACAAAUCAGAAACCCUAAAUUAAUACGGACAUAUAAGCUUAAUUUUGCCACACAUCAGUUGUCAUAAACAUCUUGGGAAUGGAUGUGAACGCUGAGGCCACUGCUGCUCCUGGUGCAGUGGAGGAAGAACAGCAACAACUACAAUCAGAGCAAGAGACCAGUCAGCAACCAGAUACAGAGUCAGACCUCACCGUCAACACCUCACAGCCAGUCAAGACUGAGCAACAAGAUCCACCCCCCACCACAACACUUGGAGACCCCGCCCCCUCUCAGGAUGCCCCACCCAGAGAUCACCUGACAGUCAUCCACGAGAAUAUGGAAACAAGUAAUGGUGUUUGCCCUGGUCCUAUCGAAAGAUCUCCGAUCGCUGUUUCUCCUCCUCGUCAGCAGCAUGCUAAGCCCAACCAUGCGCACGCAAACGGGCGAGCCAGGCUGAGCAGUCGCUCCGGGUCAUUGAGUCAAGCGGGGUCACCUCGACCCUCACUCACCAGACAGCCCAGCGCAGCCACUGAUGUCGGAGACGGCUCCAAACCCAACGAUUAUCUCAUAUGGGCGAUUCUGGCCUGCCUCUGCCCUGUCUGGCCCAUUAACAUCGUCGGCUUGACCUUCUCGGUCAUGUCUCGAAACAGUCUGCAGCAGGGCAAUGUGGACGGUGCACGUCGUCUUGGCCAGAAUGCAAAAAUCCUGUCCAUCGUGUCAUUGGUGGGAGGGAUUGUCAUCAUUGUUAUUACUAUCGUCAUCAACUGGGGUGUAAUACUUAAGACCUGAUGGCCGUCACGUAAAAUUCACAGCCAACAACCAAUCCAUGAAGACCAUUUCCUUCUUCCAUGUGUCAUUAAUCUCUCUACAUCUGAAUGCUCCUGAAUGCUUUCUCAGUUGUUUUGGCUCUGAAGCUGAAUGUUACAUUUAUCUUCUAUCGCUCCAGAAUGAUAAAAACAACAUGGACUCUUCAGCUCUUCGAAUGCCUGGAAUCACAGUCGAAGCGGCAAGGCAUAAAUGUUUGUUUGUUUAAUUUUUCAGCAAAGGACUCAUCGUUUGAGAUGAUGUCACCAAGGAGACCACACAUAUGAUCUCAUUUCAUUAUUCAUGCACCCCUUGAGGAUGUGAGGGAGGACAAGAAUGAGAGGGAAUUGGAGGGGAUUUUGUUCUCGACAAAGAUUAGAAGUAUUUUUAAUGCACAAGCUGAUUUUAGCAUCCCUGUUCAGAAGUGUGAAUCCAUGAAGAAAGCGCAGAUUAAAAUGUAAUCGAUUAUAUAAAACAGCAGAUGGCUUCCGAGUUGGCAUCCAUCCACAGAUGAGUCCAGUUACCUUAAGAGCUGCUCUAGACACACUUUUAUCUAGGCUUUCUUUUUUCCUCUGAUGAAAGGAUGAGCUGCACCCAGCGUUUAAACAUAGGCU